AUGCCGGACCUACCCACUCUGAACGCCUUUCUCUCGUCCGCCUCGCUUCUCCUCUCCGCUUACCCCAGCGCCCGCAUAACCACAAAAUACUCGCUGCCCCGCGCACCCAAGAACGCCUCGUCCAAACCCACGAAACAAUCCUCAGAAGCCGCGUCAACGAAUGUCGACGGCGAGCAAGCACCGCAUCAGAAAAAGGAACCCUCCGCGACCUUGACCUGCAAAGUCUACCACGCUCCCUCCGGCAUCUGCCUCAAAUACAAGACCGACAAGGCGCAGGAGGUGGGGCGGCUGAUCACAAGUCUUGGGAAGUUGGGAAGGGGCGAGGCGAUAGAGGUGUCGAGCGCCGCGGCGGGCGCGGAGAUGGAAGGGGAGAAGAUGGAUGUUGACUCCGGGCCGAGCGUUGCGGUCAAGGAGGAGGAUGCGGUUGUUACUGGGAAGCCGGUCGCGCAGCAAGCAGCCGGUGGUAGUGUUGGUGGCGGUGGGGGCAAGAAAAAGAAGAAGGGAAAGCGGUAG